CCUGUGAACGAGGAGUCACUCCAGGCUGUCAUCCCUUACAUCACCAAUCAAUGGAUCAAUGAAAUCAAAUGGUGUGAUUGGGAACCGUCUCUGUUUGCCGUCAACUCUUUUGAUGGCAACACAACAGUCUAUAACAUAACGCAAACAAAUUCACUCAAUCAGACCAACACUAAGAUUUUAGAGUCAUUUGAUUUAAGUCUGCAAAAUAUAAGGCCUCAACAAAUGCAGGCAUCAGUUCAACGACAACCCAUUCUCACGAGAGCUCCCAAAUGGCUUCGCAUCCCAUGCCGGCCUUCAUUUGGAGUCAGUUAUCACUUGUCACUCAUCUAUUGA